AUGGCUGUGUCCGAGACAACACCGGCCGUCUCCAACGGCGCGGCGCAAACCGCACCUGAGAAGCCAGAGCCGGCGCCCAAGACGAAACUCCACGGGCGAGAAUUCUACAAAAGCAUAGGCAGCCCGAAAUACAUCGUUGCGCCUAUGGUGGAUAGUUCUGAAUUCGCAUGGCGCAUGCUCACUCGCUCCUUCAUGCCCCCAGAAGACUCGAAAUCUGUCCUCGCAUAUUCACCCAUGUUCCAUGCACGCCUGUUCCGCGAAGAGGCGGGGUACCGCGGGAAAAUGUUCCACCCCACUCGCGCCUCGAUUGGCCACAAAGAGAACGGAGAGGCUCUAUACCUAGACGGAAGCCCCGCGAUUGAUCGGCCACUGUUUGUGCAGUUUUGCGCGAAUGAUCCGGAUGACUUUCUUGAGGCGGCGCGCUACGUUGCGCCUUACUGCGAUGCUGUUGACUUGAACCUCGGUUGCCCGCAAGGUAUCGCGCGGAGGGGACAUUACGGUGCCUUCUUGCAGGAGGACUGGGAUUUGAUUCAUAAACUUAUUAGCCGACUUCACGCACAAUUGUCGGUCCCGGUGACGGCGAAGUUCAGAAUUCAGGAAUCGAAGGAGAGGACGUUGGAAUAUGCAAAGAUGAUACUAUCUGCAGGCGCAAGUAUAAUUACACUCCAUGGGCGCACAAGGGAGCAGAAGGGCCAUAAUACGGGGCUGGCCGAUUGGAGCUAUAUUCGGUAUCUUCGAGAUAACCUACCACCGGACACCGUGAUUUUUGCGAACGGAAACAAUCUAAACCACGAUGACUUGGAACGGUGCCUUGAAGCCACUGGAGCGGACGGUGUGAUGAGUGCUGAAGGGAACCUGUCGGAUCCUUCAAUCUUCGCCAAGCCUCCUCCAAUAGGCAGAGAGGGCAGAGAAUACUGGAGAGGCCGAGAUGGCAAAGGAGGGUAUCGUCUCGACGCAGUAUUCCGACGGUACUUGGACAUCAUCUACAAGUACGUCCUGGAGCAGCCCGUACCGGAACGGAAACCCCUCUACCUCCCGUCCGACCUGGAAGACGAACCACAACAAUCAGAGCUAGACACAAACACCGCCACAGCACCAGAGACCCAAAAACGAGAAGGGGACGAGGGAGAAGAAGAAGGCCCGCCGAAAAAGAAACUGAAGAAACAGCAGAAGAAGGAGAGAGUGAAGGAAUAUAAAGCCGGUCACAAAUUCAGACACGGCAACCCCAACAACCCCAGCACGAAGUACAUGCAAAGCCAUCUUUUCCAGCUCUUCCGCCCAUUGAUCGCCACACAUACGAAUGUUCGAGACGCGCUCGCAAGAUCGUCAGCGGGUGAUAUGACCUCCUUCGAAAACACCCUUUCCAUCCUUGAACAGGAGGUCAAGAAAGGGUUGAAGGAAUACGAGCAAUUCCCUGAACGCUUCGAGCAACAAUCCGACUCGACACUUACAGGGUCAAAGGCUACAAUUGCCCAAUAUGGCCGGCCAUGGUGGAUUUGCCAGCCGCACAUUCGACCAACUCCAGAAGAAGCGAUGGAGGCUGGUGCGCUUCAGGUUAAAAAGGGCGAGAAACAGAAGAACUCUGAGGAUGGGCAAAAUACCGAGGAGAAACCAGAUACCCCAGCGGACUCCGUCGAUACACCUACAACAGCAGCAAAAGAUGCCUUGCUGAGUGGUUAG